AGAUAUCGUAAAGGCUGGAAGUAGGGAAGGGGUUUUCCUUUUGUUUUUGGAGAGCUUAUGAGCCAGGAGAGCCCAGUACAAAAGACUCCAGCGCCCGUAGCCCGGGCCAGAUGUUCUUCUUCGCUAACCCUUAACGAUCGCCGGCCCGGCUGGCCCGAGAGGCUCUGGAGAUCUGAAGGGGGCCGCAGCCCCUCCCUGAGUCCCAACCCCCAAUCCAGGGGCACCUAAGGAGUGGGUGUUCUUGAACGGGGUUCCGGCCCUGGCAGGCAGGGAACCCAGGUGGACUGUCCCUGCCUCGGAGCCUCCGGUUGUGCUUCCCACCUGACACCAUGGGCACCGUCCUGUCCCUGUCCCCCAGCUACCGGAAGGCCACGAUCUUUGAGGAUGGCUCAGCCACAGUGGGCCAUUACACUGCUGUGCAAAACAGUAAAAACGCCAAGGACAAGAGCUUAAAAAGGCACUCCAUCAUCUCUGUCUUGCCCUGGAAGAGGAUUGUAGCUGUGUCAGCCAAGAAGAAAAACUCCAAGAAGGUCCAGCCCAACAGCAGCUACCAGAACAACAUCACCCACCUGAACAAUGAGAACCUGAAGAAGUCUCUCUCCUGUGCCAACCUGUCCACUUUCGCCCAGCCCCAGCCCGCCCAGCCUCCGGCCCCCAGCGCCAACCAGCUUUCUGGUUCUCAGACUGCUGUGUCCUCCGUCAAGAAGGCCCCCCACCCCAACUCCACUGCUCCUGGGACGCCCAAGCGGGUCAUCGUCCAGGCCUCCACCAGCGAACUCCUGCGGUGCUUGGGGGAGUUCCUGUGUCGGAGAUGCUACCGCCUGAAGCACCUGUCCCCCACGGACCCAGUGCUCUGGUUGCGAAGCGUGGACCGUUCGCUGCUCCUGCAAGGCUGGCAGGACCAGGGUUUCAUCACACCGGCCAACGUGGUCUUCCUGUACAUGCUCUGCAGGGACGUCAUUUCCUCCGAGGUCGCCACAGACCAUGAGCUCCAGGCUGUCCUGUUGACCUGCCUGUACCUCUCCUAUUCCUACAUGGGCAAUGAGAUCUCCUACCCAUUGAAGCCCUUCCUGGUGGAGAGCUGUAAGGAGGCAUUUUGGGACCGCUGCCUCUCCAUUAUCAAUCUCAUGAGCCCCAAGAUGCUCCAGAUUAAUGCUGACCCCCACUACUUCACUCAGGUGUUUGCUGACCUGAAGAAUGAGUGCAGUCAGGAGGACAAGAAUCGGCUCCUUAUCGGGCUCGACCGGUGAAUUCCACUCACGCGUAUGCGGCUUACGGGAACAGUACAUUUUUUAAUUUAUUAUUAAACACACAGUUUUGUGAACAUAUGUGUCUAGCAAAGCCACCGAAGGGCCUCCCUGUUCUGGGCCUCCCCCACCCCUGGUUUAGUCCAGCCCUGGUCCUUAAUUUCUGACUGCUCUGGGGAGCGUUUUUGUCUGGGAACCUUUGCAAAGUUUAGGGGCUGAUUUCCCAGUUGUUUUCUGGCCACUGGAAGCUUGCUCUCCAUAACUUUGAAGGAUUGACUAUUCUUGCCCCUCAUUACACCCCUUUUGUCCCCCUCCCUUUUACCUGGUCUUGGGAAUAGGGUGAGAUGAAGAGAUGUUGAACUUUGAGAUGGAGAGGCCUUAGCUUAUCCCAUAGAGACCCCUUGUCCUAGAAAUGGACUCUUCCUGCCUGAAGUCCCCCUACUCACCCAGCUCUACCCUUACCCCUCCCAAUCCCAGGGAAGGGGAAGAAUUCAUUUCCCCAAGUGGCAGCUGUGUCAGGAAUGACCAGGGGACUUCUCCCAAGGAUACCAUCCUGGGCCUAAUUAAUACAUUGAGCUGGAACCUCUCAGUUCUUGGCUGCCCUGGAAUCAACUUGUAGCCCACAUCACUCUAAUGUAACAGAAAAUGGCUGAUAGAGGGAGGAAAAUCAGUCUUGAAAAAUUUUUUUAACCGUAUGUUAUUGCUGGGUGUUUUUUUUUUUUGGGGGGGGGAGGGGAGGGUGGAUUUCUCAGAGUAGGAAAAGGGAAAGCCUGUAAUUUAGAAUUCCAUUCUCCCUAUCUUGCUUCUUAUUUAUUUCAGGUCCUAGGUAUUCAUUCCUGGCUAGUGAAGCCAGCCCAGCUCAUUAGGCUCUCUGGAUUAUGAUAGUAGUUUUGUGAGUCCCAGUGAAAGGGGUGGGACUGUGCUUAAGGACACUUGUCUUUUUAUUGUUUUUUUUUUUUCUUGCUGAAUAAUUUAUCUGAAUAUUUCCACUUAGUCACCUGGUGUGUCACACCUGGGGAUGGGAGAUACCGCUUUAGCUGCCUGGCAGCAGCCUGGCUCCCUUGUGGGAAGGCCCAGUGGACUCUUGAGUUAGUGCUGAGCUCAGGACUGGUGCCACUUGCAGGUCUACAUGGCACAGAGUCUACAGAGCUCAAGCAGCUGGUUCAGUUGAUCUGGGCCGGCCCUGGAGUCAAGGUGCCCUGCUUCCCUCCUCGCCCCUGCCAAUUUCAAGUUGUUUCCAAACAGCUUGUGCGAAGCCCCCACGGGUCCCAGGAUGGGAGUUGGAUCUUGUAGACAAUUAUGAAAUCUGGACUCACACCCUGAUGGCUCCUGGAGCCUGUGUGUUGACAGUGUGUCAUCUAAAAGCACUGGUUCUCCUCUUCUCCGGUGGCUGCCAUGGACACCAGUUUGUGACAUUGUCGAUGCUCGGCUCUCUGUUUAGUAGUUUGGGACUUUGGGGACGACGGAGAGGAGGGAGCAAGUCUGUUUCAGUAACCCCUGCCAUGGCUGGGGAGAACAAAGGUGGCUAACACUACAAAAGAUUCUUCUCUUUGGCCUGGCAACCCUGGGGAAACUUCACCCUGUUGGUGCUGGAUUCUUACAGAAUAGGAGAUAAAAGGUCUUUUUGCUUAGGGUCAAAUAGAACACUAAUUAGAUGGCUGCUGGGGUCAGCAGCAGGCACUCCUGGAUUGAAAAGUCAAAAUGUAUUUUUUUUUUAACAAAAAGAAAAAAAGAAGAGAAAGCUGUGAAAUUGAGGCCUUUGGCUUAUGAUGUCUGGAGCAGGCAGCCAACUUGAGUCAAACUGUGGCGUCCGGAGGGAUGUAGGCGAGGGUGUCCGGAUUACACAGGUAAGGAAGGAGAGUGUCUGCCCAGCCUCAGCGUCGAGGCCUAAACUGAGCCAUUAACGUGGAUUGUAAGAUACUUUUUGGACGUGGAACUGGAAGAAGAAGGAGUUUCUGCAAAGUGACCAGCAUGACGCUUGGCUGCACAGUUGGAGUCUCUCCUUUGAUGGACUCUUCCUGGGGCUUGUUCCCUUUCUGCUCCCACAUCAUUGGUGUGGGACCCGGACUCCCCCUCACGUGGCACAAAAGGAGGGAGCUUUGGGUGCCGAGGAACUGAAAGAGGAAUGAGGGUGACUUGUUUCAAUCCUAAGUCCAGCUAGCAGAGCCUGGACUGAGACUCUCUGGUUGAGCUCCUUUGAUUGGAUUUCAGUUUUGGGUCUGCUUCCUUCUCUUUCCCUGUAUUUAUUUAUUUUUUUUCCCCUAGGGAAGGAGGAGGUGGAGGUGCAAAUUUCAAAGGUAGUUGGGGGGCCUAAAGGAAAAGAAAUCAACCAUGUAGUUAAAUCAUUGUAAAGUAUAUUUCUUGCCCCUCUCCUUCCCUGCACCAAUCACCAGUGUUGUGUAAAGGACCAACUGAUAUACUUGAGUGUGCAAGCAAUGAACACAACUGACAUGCUGCUAUGAAGAAUACUUUUAGAACAAAAAGAAAAAAAAGAGAAAAAAAGAAACUAACCAACAAAAAAAAAAAAAAAACAACAAAAAAACCCCUUUCUUCUUUGUUGCUUUUACAGUGAUCUUGUGCAUGCAAACAGGCGCAUUCUGUGUCUUCAGAAAAUAAUCUUAGAACAGAUGGUUGUGAACAUUUACACCCAUGCACAAACCAAGUCAGAGGAAUCUUUCUCAGUAUCUGGUUUCUCUCCUUUUUCCCCCUUCUUCUUCCCAUCAGCCCUGGGGGGGGGAUCGAUGGAUUUCUUAACCAUGCAGUUUUUAGGGUAUAGUUUGGUUCCAGAAGUUGUUAAACUUGCAAUGAAAAAAAAAUGUGCCAUUUCCCCCCUUCUUCCUCUUCUCCCCCUACUUGAAAUGAUCCACAGCUGUAUAUUUGAAACUGCUAAUUACCCAUGUGCGUGCGGUGUAUGUUGGGUUUUUCUUUUUUUAGUGCAAUUUCCUCUGUAGAUCUCCUUUGACCAAAUUGUGGGUGUUGUUAAUAUUAAUUUAUAUUCGUCUCAUUUUGUAUGUAUGUGUAGCGUGUUUGUAAGUAUGUGUGGUUUAUAAUCUGACAAAGUCAUGAAGCUCAGUCUGGCUGUAAUUUAAUUCCUUCCCCUUAUUUUUAUUUAUUUUUGUACCGUGCUGAUUAAAUAAAAUGCACUGACCAUCCA